AUGGCACGACGCAUUGACCAAAACCUGGUUUUCUCGUCCAUGUUUGGAUGCUUGGUUUGGCUGACGGUGGUUUCUGUCGUUCACGCUGACGGUCGUGUGUUUCUAUUGGACCAGAGAAACACGUCUGACUCUGGGGGAUUGGCCGAGGCAGAACAUGCGUGUGCUGUCCAUGAUGCCCGGCUUGCGUCGACCGAGGAGCUGCGUCACGCCGUGGUGGAGUGUUCCUUCUAUGCCUGCACAAGAGGAUGGCUGGAUGGGGGCUUCGUGGGGACUACAGUGUGCAGUAAUCAGGGCAGUGCUCUGAAGGCAGUGGAUGUGAAGAUAGAGAACGCUACAGAGGACAACACACACCUGGAUGUGUUCUGUGUCAAAGACAAAGGUGGACCAUGUGACGAUCCCCCUGCGUUCCCCAACACGCGUCUCCAGGGCCACACAGGGUUUGAGAUGGGGGACGAGCUGCUGUACUCUUGUCUUCCUGGUCAUGUGAUGCCCAACGGCCACUCAGCAUUCAGCCUGCUGUGUGACAGCUGUGGAGAGUGGUAUGGACUGGUACAGCUUUGUAGCAAAUACAAGACAGAGACACACAUCGACUAUGAAGAUAAGUUCACUGAUCACGAUCACCACCUCUCCUACGACACCCCUGCAGAGGAGGAGAACACAGAGGAGGAGAACACAGAGGAGGAACUGCUAGAGGAGAAGAACACAGAGGAGGAACUGCUAGAGGAGGAGAACACAGAGGAAAAGAACACAGAGGAUGAGAACACAGAGGACGAGAACACAGAGGAGGAACUAAGCACCUGUUCUGGUUCCCCUCAGAGGCCAUCCAGGAGGCGGGACAUGUGGAACCCACCCACUCGCUAG